AUGAAUAUUGUCACCAUGGUAGCCCCUCUGAUCUUCUGCAUGGUAAUUGCGAGGACCACCUCCAUUCGGGAAAAAGCGUGGACCACCUUCGUAUUCAUAACUGCCGCGGUUGUAGUCGUCUUCUGGCCUGCCAAAAGGGCCUCUCCUGUCCACUGCUCCAGCUGCUCGUGGUCCAGCAUGAGUGGGGGUUUGGCACCAAGCAAAAGCACAGUGUAUGUGUCCAACCUGCCGUUCUCUCUCACCAACAAUGACCUGCACAAGCUAUUUACCAAAUAUGGAAAAGUUGUCAAGGUUACCAUUGUAAAAGAUAAAGACACUCACAAGAGUAAAGGGGUGGCGUUCGUUCUUUUCCUGGACAGAGACUCAGCUCACAACUGUGCAAGAGCGGUGAACAACAAACAGCUGUUUGGCAGAACGGUGAAAGCAAGUAUUGCCGUCGACAAUGGGCGAGCAACUGAGUUCAUAAGGAGACGCAACUACACAGACAAGUCCAAAUGUUAUGAAUGUGGGGAUACAGGACAUCUAAGCUAUGCAUGCCCAAAGAACAUGCUGGGAGAGAGAGAACCUCCAAAGAAGAAAGAAAAGAAGAAGAAGAAAAAGGCUCAAGAACCUGAGGAGAUUGAAGAAGAAAGUGAGGAAGAGGGAGAGGACCCAACCUUAGAUAGUCUUAGCCAAGCAAUAGCUUUUCAGCAAGCCCGUAUUGAGGAAGAGGAAGUGAAGCAUCAGACGCAGGCAGUUUCAUCGCAGGAGGAAGAUGCUCAUGCCUCUACGUCCUCAGAUUCCAGGAAGCCAAGGAUCAAAAAGAGUGCAUACUUCAGUGAUGAGGAAGAGCUCAGUGAUUAAUGUGUAAUAAUACACUAUUUGGACUUCAGUGACAAAUAGCUUGACCAAUUUAGUUUUGUAAGCUGGUUUUGUCACAAUGGGGGUGUGGAAGAAAUUCUUCCUUCAACAUUGAGGAUUUUUUUAUUUUGUACAUAGAACUGAGUCAUUUUUAUGUUUUAAGAUUUACUGUGUGAUUGUUGUGUGGGCUGAU